AUGCCUGCUGCAAAUUUUACUAAAGUUACUGCACCUCUCAGUGCAUUAUCAUCGAUGACGCCAAACAAUGGUUCUACAACAGCUGUUCAAAGUGGUCCCUAUACAAAAGCGCAAUUUCAAAGUACAAUGGAAGGUUCUCGAACGAUAAAAAAUUCGAAAGAAGUAGAACACAUUCUUCGUGAUUAUCCAGCUGCAUUGGAACUUUAUCGAACAGGAAAAUACAAAGUUAAAGUUAAAUAUGAAGUUGAUGUUGAGCGUGUUAUUCUGGUUGAAAAGCGAACAAUAAAAGCUACAUCUAACAAUGCAACAGUACCAAGUAUUACUCAAGACAAGAAUCAAACUGCUCUUGAUUCUUCGAAUAAUAUGGAACAACAUAGAGACAUCGAGAAAGAACCACGGCAAACAAGUAGUCGCACACAAUCUCAAGAUCGUAGUGUAGCACCACGAACAGCAUCAAUACCAAAUGGUAUGAAUACGGUUCAUGCAACAAUAUCUUCAAUAUCUAUGGUAAAUAAUAAUCAACCUAAAGUUGAUCAUCAACGAGCACCAUCCAAUGAACCUGAAGUUUCUCUAGAAUCUCAAAAAAAUCAACCAACGAAUCCUUCUGAUAACAAUUAUCAGAAAGCAUCACUCAAUAAACAACAAGGCGAUAAAAUCACUCGAGAUUAUCCAAAAACGAUGGUACCCUUUGUUCCGCAAGCCAACAAAGCUGCAAAUCCAUGGCAACAACCACGAUUUCAACAGCCAUAUUUUAGUAAUCCUAUGCUACAACAGCAACAGCAACAGCAACAUCAACAGCAACAACAACAACAGCAGCAACAGCAACAUCAACAGCACCAUCAACAACAACAACAACAGCAACAGCAACAUCAACACCAACAGCAACCGCAACAACAGCAACACCAACAGCAGCACCAACAGCAAUACCAACAGCAACAGCAAGAGCAACCGCAACAACAACCACGGCCAAAUUUAUUUAUGCCCGCACCAUUUUUACCCCAACAAAAUCCACAGUAUCCACAACCCUAUUACUUUGUCCAACGGCCAGCUGCUCCACCUGUCUAUCAACAACAACAAACUGUUUAUCCGUUGUUAUCAACAGGAUCAACCAUUAAGCCGAGUAUUCAGUCAGCAAAUAAUUAUGCAGCACUAUGUCGAUCGGUAUCGAAUAUGGUUGGACUUCAACCAUCGUUUCGUACAUUUAAUUCCAAUCAACCGCCUCCGCCACUUAAAAUCCCAUCUAUUCGUCCAGUCUAUCAGUUUCAAAUACCGACUGUUAUGAAUCCACAAUUAGCAAAUAUGCCCAACGAACCUAUGCGUCCUACUAUGAACUCUAACGUUGCUUAUGUUCAGCAACCAAGAGGUGCAAGAAAUAGAGCACGUAGUGUUGAUGUAAGCCUUCGUAAUCGUGUACCAACGCAAAUACCUAAUAUCCAUCAGCAAAAUACUGCGGCAUUGCUUGGGCACUACCAUCAUCAUCAUCAUCGUCAUCAUCAUCGUGAACCAUCUAAUCCAACCAAUAACGUUAAUCCAAUAGCAGUCACUGUGAAAGAACCAAAUAUUCCAUCUAAAGAAAGAACAAAUGGAGUUACUACUGAAAAAUUAACCAUUCGUGAACUUAAUGAAUCAUUUUAUCGAAUAGAUGCAUCAGGUCGGCUUCCAUAUAGUUCAGUACCAGGAGUUUUACAACGUUAUGGCAUCAUGUUAACAGAAAAUGAUUUAAUGUCAGCUGCUAAAGAGCUCGAAUAUAAUUUAAAUGAAUCAAUAUCUGCUCGACGUCUUGUUCAUCUACUAAUUAAAUUAGGUAAAAUAACCAAAUCGAAUCAACAACCAUGUCAACCUCCUUCACCAUCCAUGUUGCCAGAAGAUCGUGAAGUUACGGAUAUAAUGACACAACGAAACACAUCGACUAAUCCAUAA